AAUAUUACAUUUGUGGUCCGGGGCCCCUGGUUUGGGCGGCCCUGCUGAUUCAGGCGGAUAGAGAGCAGAAGGAGGAGGGGUGUGCGUGUUUGUCGGCAGACAGUCAGUCAGUCAGGAGGACCGGAGUACCAGCGGCAGUUUGGGAGAGUCAGAACGGGGAAAACUGUGUCCAAUACGGGAGAAGUCAGAAGGCAGAAUCUGCAAUGAGUUGGGGAACGGAGCUUUGGGACCAGUUUGAUAAUCUGGACAAACACACUCAGUGGGGGAUUGACUUUCUUGAUCGCUAUGCAAAGUUUGUCAAGGAGAGGCUGGACAUUGAGCAAAACUACGCCAAGCAGCUACGGAACUUGGUGAAGAAAUACUGUCCAAAACGCCCUAAAGAUGAGGAGCCGAGGUUCACAUCAUGUCUGUCCUUCUACUCCAUACUGAAUGAGCUCAACGACUAUGCUGGUCAGAGGGAGGUGGUGGCGGAGGAGAUGGCUCAUAAGGUGUAUGGAGAGCUGAUGAGGUACAGCCAAGACCUCAAAGCUGAGAGGAAGCAUCAUCUACAGGAGGGCAGGAAGGCUCAGCAGUAUUUGGAUCAUUGCUGGAAACAGAUGGACAAUAGUAAAAGGAAGUUUGAGAGGGAGUGUAAAGAAGCAGAGAAAUCCCAGAUUACCUACGAUCGGUUAGAUAAUGACAUCAACGCCACCAAAUCAGAGGUGGAGAAGGCCAAAGCCCAGUUCUACCUGCGGACUCACAUGGCCGAUGAGAGUAAGAACGAGUACGCUGCUCAGCUACAGAACUUCAACGCAGAGCAGUGGAAACAUUUCAACAACGCCAUACCACACAUCUUCAAGAAUCUGCAAGACAUGGAUGAACGUCGGACAGUGAAGCUCGGAGAGACGUACCGGAGCUUUGCUGAGGCAGAGCGGAGAGUCAUUCCCAUCAUCUCCAAAUGUCUAGAGGGAAUGGUUUCUGCUGCCAAAGCUGUCGAUAUGCGAAAGGAUUCAGCCAUUGUUAUAGAGUCCUUCAAAUCAGGGUUUGAACCUCCAGGUGACUUUCCCUUCGAGGACUUCAGUCAGAAUCUGAGCAGAACGGGUUCAGAUGGGACCAUCAGCAACACACCCAAAGGAGAAAGAGACAAAGACGGAGCCCCGGGAUCACGCACCGACCCAAAACCCCCUAUGAGCAGAGCCAAGAACAAGCUCUGGCUGUUUGGGAAGAAACCAAAGGCCCCGUCUCUGGAGGAUUACAGCCACUUACCCCCUGAGCAGAGGAGAAAGAGGCUGCAGCAGAGGAUCGACGAACUCGGCAAAGAGCUCCAGAAAGAAAUGGAUCAGAGAGAUGCCCUGAACAAGAUGAAGGAUGUGUAUGAGAAGAAUCCACAGAUGGGAGACCCCAGCAGCCUGCAGCCCAAAAUAUCAGAGACCAUAUGUAACAUGGAGAAGCUGCGCUCGGAAAUCCACAAAAACGAGACUUGGUUAUCUGAGGUGGAGGGAAAGCAGAGCUCCAGAGGAGACAGAAGACACAGCGCCGACAGCCACCACCAUCACACCCCUCAAGGCAGAGAGAGUCCUGAGGGCAGUUAUACAGAUGACACCAAUCAGGAGCAUCACACGUCUCACCACCGCCCCAGUCCUCCGAAGCACGGACACACCAACACCGAUCCCCACGAGUUUGAUGACGAAUUCGAUGACGACGACCCGCUGCCUGUCAUCGGCCACUGCAAAGCUCUCUAUUCCUUUGAUGGUCAGAAUGAGGGGACGCUGGUGAUGGCGGAAAAUGAGGUGUUGUACAUCAUCGAGGAGGAUAAAGGCGACGGCUGGACGAGGGCGAGGAAGCAGAGCGGAGAGGAGGGCUAUGUCCCCACCUCCUACGUAGAAAUCACCAUGGAGAAAAACAGCAAAGGUGCCGUCACCUACAUCUGAAGCUCCUCUGUCCUCUGUCCUCCUCUCAUCCGUCUGUCAUCCUCUCCACCUCUGCUUUCCAUUCCUCAGAAUAACACUACAAAAGGAAAAAAGACCGCAUCCGAACGCCUGCAUGGACAUUCAUCCGUUUCCUUUUUCUGACUUCCCAUCCCUCCAUCCUCCUCCUAUUUCCUCUAACCCUGUAAUCGUUUGUGCUCCUUCUCUCAUAUCUGUGGGACUGAUGGAGAGAAAUAGGAAAACCUAUUUGGUGUUUGAAUAAUUUGUAUAUGUUUUUAAGUGUGUGUGUGUGUGUGUGUGUGUGAGAAAGAUGCCUCACCAUGUCUUGUGUGUUUUACGUUUUAUAUAUUAGAAACAAUUUUAGCCAUUCUUUAAUUAUUUUGGUGUUUCUUUUGGAGACGUUUAAAACUGAUUUAAGCUUUUUGGAUUCAGGUGUCGACAUAAUUUGAUCGAUGUUCUGAUUUCAUGUUUUUAUUUCUGUCUGAUUGCAGUUUGUGUGUGUGUGUUUGUACAUGCACAUUUGUUUUUCUUUGUUACCUGUGCCAUCACACUAAAGGUGGAAUUACACUGACAGGGGGUUGUCUGUUUUCAGCCUUAGUAGAAAAAACGUUUUCAUACUUUACUUUGUUACAGGAGUUUAGUCUUAUUGAUAUUGUCUGUCCUUUCAGUGCAGAGCUGGACAUUGUAAAGGAUAAGGCUGGCAUUACUCUGUAUAUUUCUUAGUUGUUAACAAAUGCCAUGAAAAGACAAAAACCAACACUGUCAGCUUUUCAAUACUAGUUCCUUACCCUGUCUGUGGCUCUCAAUUCCAAGCCUAUUGGACAUCCAAAUCUUUAAAAACACCCCCAAAUAUAUAUUUAUAUUCUUGAAAAAUUGUAGUUCUCAGUAAACAUUACUAAAACUGUAAACAGUGCAAUUGUUAGGGGGGUUUUCAGCUUCAACUAAUGCACAUUUGGUGCUCUAGUGGAGGGGUUUGCAAUGAUUUUGGAAUAUUGAUGGGCUUAAAAACUUUGAGGCAGCUGUCAAGAGUGAGAGAACUUUUUUAGCAACUACUAAACUCUAUACUGUAAGUUGCAAUGCCAAAAUAUGCCAAUAAAUAAACCUUUAAAUAGGCAAGUCCUGAUGCCGGUAUGGAAUGAUGAUGCACAGAGGAAUAAGAGAUAUCAGCACAGAUAAUACGUUAGUUGGAUGAGUUCAUUGUUGGCUUUAGUCUGGUAUUUGUUGAAAUCUCCAGCCAUAUUCUUUAACUCUAAAAUCUAAAUCCACCAGGAUUUAGGAGAUAAAGUCAGGAAAAAGUUAAAGAAGUAGCAAAGUGCAGUGUGAAAACAAUUUCACUUCAGUUAAAGGAGGCUGUAACAAUUAUAAUUCUCACUGACAAAUCAUGUAUUUUAUGUUAUCUUGCACUUAUAAACUGUUCUUGGUCAUUGUUUGAGUCACUGAUUAAAAACAGCUCUGACCAUUAGUGUUUCUAUUGGCAUCCAUGCUAGCUUAAUCCUCUACUGCAGGCGUUUCUCAGUAAUAUUGUCGAUCUCAAUAUAGUCACGUAUGAAUACUGAAGUACAAACAAGGGUUGCAGAAACAUGGCACCCAAAUGCUGACUGUAAAGAGAAGGGCAAGUGUUGCUACCAGUAUCAUGUUAUUAGUUCUUACACAGUUACUGGUGACAAGUGUUUAAAUGGGAGGCUGCCAAAUGGAACAAAAGGCCACAAACCUGCUGCUGUAGUGUUACUACAUCACAUCACAAUCAAAACUGAACAAUGGGUUUGGGGACAAUUCUGUUUCAAUGAAUUUCCAACAUGCUUCAGUAGUUUUAGUCUUUGCUUUUAUAUCUGAAAUGUUUCAAAAGUUUUUAAAUUGGUCUUUAUUUUCAGACUUGUAGAGAAAGCCACAGUGAGAUACGGUAACAACUGCUGGAUGGAUUUCCAUGAAAAGUUAUAUGUUACAUGGCAACAGACCUCUAGGCUUCUUCAUUAGUUUGUGUCACAGACAGAAGGGAGAAGGAUCGCCCUGGCAGCGCUGACUGCUAAUGACAUAAACAGACAGCAUGAUACGUUAAAUGUUUUGCAUCGCUCACCCUUUCCUUUUUCCACUGAACUAAGUGAAUUGACCCCACCCUGAUGGGAAAACCUGAAGUCUAAAUUCCAGUAAACAGGCAGUCUCUCCUUAUUUUAGUCUGUUAAAUCAUGUUUGUGUGUAUUUGAGUGAGUGAGUGAGAGAGAAAUGCAGCAACUUCUGUGUCUUUUAUUAACUGGCUCUCUCCUCCAUGUGACUGCAGGUUCCUGAGGGCUGCAGGGUGGCCAGGCGAUUUGAUUGGCUGGUGAAGGGCUCACGCUGAUUGCUGAUUGUUGGUGGUGGGGGUGAUAAAGAAAGAGAGUGAUGAGGGGAAAGAGAGAGGUAGAGGAGGGGGGGCAGGGGGGGGAGAGAGAUGAAGUGGGCUGGGAGGCAGGUUUGCAUGUCUGCAUGCUGACAUCCAUAAUCAGCAAAGCAUUCUGGGAUACAAGAGGAAUAAGGGAGGGUCAUCAGUAGAAGAGUAGACUGUCUUAAAGCCAAAAACACUAAUAUCAUUUAGUAAGUUUCUAAACUUUUUCUGUUGGUGUUGAAACAAUCUGUAAAAAGGCCUUCUCUGCAUCCAGCUGCAAACACUGACAUGAUGAGUAGCAGUGGCAGGAAAUGGGAAACUUUAACAGUGGCGGCACCCGCAAUCUCUCAGCUGCUGCUGGGCUGGAAGACUUUUAUUGAAAUAAAGAGAAGCUGCAACUUGCCUCUUAAUGGUCUGUGAGGGUCUUAAGAUAGGACUUCUGUAAAGGCUACACAUCUUUAACAUCCUAGUUCAGGGAUACAAUCCUAUCACAUCAGUGGGGGAAAACCUGCUGAUGUUCUGCUCCCUGUGGGUUGAAAUAUUUGUACUAUGUACCAUCUUGUUUUUGUUUUGUUUUUUUACCGUUGACAGCAAAUAGAAAGCCCCUGUUGUCACCUCUGAGGGUAAAACAUGCAUGAGUACUGGAAAGUUUCAGCUCACAGCAGUACAACAGCAGGCUUUCCUCUCUGAUUCGGUGUUGAUUUAUCCUUUAAUGACUGACAGGAGCAUCUCCCCAGCUCACUGAUUCAUUGUCUGCUUCAUGCUUUAACAGGACAGCCUUAUAUGAACUACAUUUGCCUCUGUAGGUGCUGGUCAAAGUGUUGGAGGAAAAGUUUGUCUAAGCCUUUUGUAGCGGCCAACAUUGAAGCUUCUUUUGUUAGCAUACAUAGCAUUUUUCAUACAAAUGAAUGGGCUCCAUAAAACCUAAAAUAGCAUUUUGACAAGAAGUUCUCAUCACAAUGUCCCCUUAAUGACGUGGAAGCUCAGGUUAUCAAGAAGACUUUGCAUCUGAACAUCCUCAUCUGCCGAGGAAGUCUACGAGAUGUGGUUGAAAGCUCGGGAAACACCAAGUAAGUGAACCUUGUGAUGAGGGAUUUCUUGGCCAAAGUGCUAUUUUCAAGGUCAGGAGUGGGCCCUCAAGUUCAAAAUAAAAUAGCACAUUAGCUUUCGUCAGCUCGCUUAGUAGGGAGGAUUUGUUUGUAACAUAUUUCAGUAUUUCCUUGCUAUUUCCAAUUUGUUUUCCACCAGCCAUAUUCUCUAAAUCAGACUCUCCCACCAAGCUUUUAGUAAAAAAUGUCGGUGUUUGUCAGCCUUUUAAGGGUCAAUUGUGCUCCCAGUAUUUGCUGCCACUAACAAUGUCAGUGCUGCACUGCUCCAACUCAUCCCUGUCGUCAUCAUCUGUGCUCUGUUGGUGAUGUCUGCCUGCCUGUCUGCCUGCCUGAGCCACUCUGCUCCUCAUGCCUGCCUUCACUGUCAUACAGUCGCAUGUCUUUAACGUGUCCUAAACAUGUUUGAGUGUUUCAUCUGUGACUAUAGCUGCAACUUUAUGAAAGUGUGUGUGUGUGUAUGCGCGCCACUUUGGCUGAGUUGUAUGUUGAAUGCCACGUUGUCAUGAUGUUUUAAUGGAAGUCCAGCAUGAGUAUGAUUUUAUAUUUUGUGUGUUUUAAUGUCUGCCAAACAGCAGCUGGGUUAAUCAAUGCUACUCAUGAGGCAGAUAGCAGGACUAUCAGGUGAACACAGGACCUCUCUUCCACUCUCUUUCUUUCUCUUCCCACCUUUCCUCUCCUUUUCUUCCUGGGUUGUAAUGCUACCAGUUGACCAGCAGAUGGGAGCCUUCCCUCACCAAACCACAGCUCAGCUUGAGCAGGACUGGGCCACUUUUAAUAACACCAAACAUCAAGAGGAGCUCAUGUAUCUUUGCAGUCAGACUCUGCCGUAAAACCUCUUGUCGUUUUACCGUGGAGGGAUUAUUCCACGUAUAUGUGCUGCUCUUCGCCGGACUACAUCUCCCAUCAGCCACCUGGGCUCAGCCUCACCUGCUUGGAGACUCAACUACAUCCCCCCCGCAAAAAUAAAUCCGUUGCAUUUGUGAAUGUGACGACACACGUUGCCAUGUAGGCACAUUUAUGGAAAGCCAAACGGGCACAAUUUUGCAUGUUUGGCUUUCCAUACACAUUAACGUGUAAAACGUGUGUACUUGUGCCUGCGUUAACGUGCGUGACGUUAGAUUGAAUGAUUUGUACAUAUUAACAUCUUUUAUGUCAUGCUGAAUGUGUUUCCAUGGUGAUUGUUUUUAGGUUUAUUUGAUGAUUGGACACUCUUCAUGAGAGACAACAAGGUUUGAAUUGAAAUGAUGCACUUUGCCCUGAAGUACUACAGCAUUUGAAUCGGAUAAAAUGAACGAGUGAGUGGCUGAUGAAUGAAUGAAGGUCUGUGUUGUCUGCUGAAGGAGGAGUGAACUUUAUGAAUGACCACUGUGCAGGAGCGAGAAACAAAAACAGCUCUAGUAAUCCUCUCUUCCUGAUGGUUUUUAUACUCUUUUUGUAACUCUCGACGAGCAACGACCGACUUUCUUUGCAUGAUUUUCUAGAUUAUUUGAAUUCAUUUGUCUCUCUGGUGAUUGUUUUUUUUAACCAUUCACUGCAUCUCUUCAAUAGACUAACAGAAAAACACGUAAAGUAAAGUUUUACUUCCUUUUGAUGCUGUUUAAGACAAAAAAUGCCACUAAUGAUUCCACUCUUGUCGAUUUAAACAGCAGGUGUCAACAACGCCUUAGUUGUGAUCUGUGUUUCUUUGAUGAAGCUGUGAAAUGUACAGAAUGAUGCUGUAAGUGUUGUUACUUGAACUUUCGGGCACACUACUCCGCAUUUACUCUCCUACCUGGGACCAUUUUGCAUCAGACAUUGGAUUAAUAGUUUGACAUUGUGAGAACUUUGCUUUCCACAGCAAUGGUUUUACACCUUAUAUGGAUUAAACAAAUGAGACACGGGUUUUGUUACCUUUGGGCAGAGCCAGACUAGUUCUUUCUCAAGUCUUUAUGCUAAUAUAAGUUAAGCGGCUGCUGGUCUAGCUUCAUAUUUACCGUACAGACAUGAGUGGUAGCAGUCUUCUCAUCUAACGCUGCGCAAGAAAGUGAGUAAGCAUAUUUCCCAAAAUGUCCAAGUAUUAACAAGUAUUCAGUUUCUGCAGUCUGUCAGUUUAUGCCUUUUCUGAUGAUGCCUUGUAAUCAAUGCUUUUUGUGUUGUGUACAUAUCUGAUGUCAGUGUUUUCCAAACAAGGACGAGCUACAGCUAGACUGCUUGUGAUUCCUUAAGUUGAGCUAAAACUGUUAUAUUUUGGCAAUUUUUGACAACUGUAUGUGUGCAGUCAGGUGUUGCAUAUUAGAUUUUUUGUUUGUUCUAGUUGUAAUGUAGUCAUGCUGUACCUAAUCAGGGCGGCAACUAAUUGUUUAUCAUUAUCUUUUGAUUGCUUAGUCUAUAAAAUGUAAAAACAAAUGGUGAAUAACGCCUAUCAAAGGUUUUAAGAGCCCAAUUCGAUGUCUUCCAAUGCUAAACAGUCCAAAAUCCAAAGAUAUACAAUUUUAAAAAACAAAACAAAAGCGGUGGCACAUUUCAGCAUUUGUUUUCUAAAUCACAUCUGAAAAGAAGAAACAUUCUACCAGUUUCAGCACUAAACCCUGUUUGUAAUUGUAAAUGUGCACUCAGGCACAGACGUUCAAGAUCUUUGUAGUGGAGAUGAUUAUCCUCUAAAAAAGAUGGAUAAGAGAAAGGCAGUGACAUACAGAGGGCCUCCGCACAGUCAUCUCGUGUUUAUGUUGCUGUAAGGAUGCUUUUAUACUAACUCUUAAACAGACAGUACACUCCACAUGUAUUAUACUCUUCUCCUGUUUCCUUCUGUAGGUUGGCUCAUAGUCAUGUUUGGAGCGUACUGUCCCUUUUUAAUCAAAUAAUACAUGUCAGUAGUAACUGCACCUUUUGAAAAUGAGGAAAAACUCUACCAAAAGUCUCAUUAACGGUUAACUUUCUUUUGCCAUUAAUAUACAAAUAAAAACUGUGAGCCGAGUAUUAUAAUAGGCACUGUGCUGUAAUUCUGAAUACUAUUAAAAAACGCAACAAAUCAGCUUUGACAUGUUAAAUAUGAUAGCAGUAAGUUCUUCACUGAAACCUGUCGAAGUACUGUGAGCGUGGUGCUGCGUUCCACCGAGCAAAAAACAAACUGCCUUCCACAUUUAUCUUUGUAAACUCUGACCAUCAUGUUUGUCCUGUGGAAACUUUGUACAGAUUCUCUCCAGCUGUUUAACUCACACUUAAACCCAUUUUUUAAGACCAGCAUCAGUUACAGUAAAUUACAACAACGGCAGGUACAAGGUGAUUUUACAGGAUAUUAACAUCCUCAUAAAUGUUUUUAUUUUUUAUAUGUUUGUAAUAACCAAUGGCAGUACUUCUCUCAUAUUGUUGUGCACAUCUUUUUACUUUGAAUGUUGUGAGACACUUUGUAAACAAUGCUUAUUUUUUAUUUUUUUUCCUCCUUCCAAGAUAUUGUUCUAAUAAUAAAAUCAGCAGCAAUGAAAA